GCUUCUCAUUGACUUACCCCUUACACCAGCCUGAGUCCCCAUCAGGGAAAGCCAUACAGUAAAGUGCACAGAAACUGUGUGAUAUGGGAAAAGAUAUAAAUUUGGCAAGCUAUCUUUGAAAGAUGAAAAAGGUGAUAAAUCACAAGAGGGAAUGAAUAAAGCCAGCAAAGGUGGGCUUAUCUAUGGAGAUUACCUACAAUUGAACAAAAUUCUGAAUGCCCAAGAGCUACAGAGUGAAAAGAAAGGAAACAAAAUCCACGAUGAGCAUCUUUUUAUUGUGACGCAUCAAGCUUAUGAACUUUGGUUUAAGCAGAUUCUGUGGGAGUUGGACUCUGUUCGGGUGAUCUUUCAGAAUGGACAUGUAAGAGAUGAGAGAAACAUGCUGAAGGUUAUUACUCGAAUGAACAGAAUUUCAAUGAUUCUGAAAUUACUUGUGGAACAGUUCUCAGUUUUGGAAACCAUGACUGCACUGGACUUCUUUGAUUUCAGAGACUACUUAAGCCCAGCCUCGGGUUUUCAGAGCCUGCAGUUUCGUUUAUUAGAAAACAAGAUUGGUGUUCCCCAAAGCCUGAGAGUUCCCUAUAACAGACGGCAUUAUCGUGAUAAUUUCAAGGGAGAGGAUUAUGAACUACUGCUUAAAUCAGAGCAAGAACCAACACUUCUGCAACUUGUGGAGGCAUGGCUGGAAAGAACUCCAGGACUUGAGGCAGAAGGAUUUGAUUUCUGGGGCCAAUUUGAAGUGAAUAUUUUAAAAGGUCUAGAAGAGGAAUUUGCCAUAGUACAGGCCAAACCAGAAUCAGAAGAAAAAGAGGACUUGUUAUGUGAAUUCCAAAAGCAGAAAGAUAUAUUACUUUCAUUAUUUGAUGAAAAACGGCACGAACACCUGCUCAGUAAAGGAGAAAGAAGACUGUCUUAUAAAGCACUGAAGGGUGCCCUAAUGAUCUACUUCUACAGAGAGGAGCCCCGUUUUCAGGUUCCCUUUCAGCUUCUUACUUCUCUUAUGGAUAUCGAUGUGCUCAUGACAAAAUGGAGAUACAACCAUGUCUGCAUGGUGCACAGAAUGAUUGGCAGUAAGGCUGGCACAGGAGGUUCAUCAGGCUACCAGUACUUGCGCUCUACAGUGAGUGACAGGUACAAGGUGUUUGUGGACUUGUUCAAUCUUUCAACAUUUCUAGUGCCAAGACACUGGAUACCAAAGAUGAACCCAACUAUUCAUAAAUUCCUUUAUACGGCAGAAUACUGUGACAGCUCCUAUUUUAGCAGUGAUGACUCUGACUGAACUAACUUUCUGGACUGGCUGCUGCAAAGAACUUCAAAACUUUUACCCUGACUGGUACUAUUCCUGAACUAUAGCAACUGUUCUCAUGAAGCAUGGGUGUGUAAAUAUUUAUUUAUGUAUGACACAACUAGGUGAAUAGUCCACUUGACUUACAGAAAUUUGUAGAAAAAAGUAAUC